ACGACCCCCAGCGUCCGCGCAUUUUGGUCCUUCCUUAACGCGGGCAGAAGCGAGAGCGGGAGUCCCGCCGCCGGAGCGCCAGUCUCCAACCAACCGCGGUGCAGGGAGGUCGUGGCGCUCUUCUGUCCAACGAUCACGGCAACGUGCUCCGCACAACUCGCGUGACAUAGCUUCGGCACCGUCCACGAACGGGCGAUCCUCCACUGUGUGAACUCCGGUGCGAUUCUUUCGGGACGCCUCUCGAAUAUCGUUACGUGGGGGUGGUUUUUCGUCUGUGUGCUGUUUUUUGGGGGUGUGUUUAUUUUUGAUUUUGUAUUUGUACGUUUGGACUGACUGUGGUGUUUGUUUAUGUUCUUUGGGAUUUUUAUUUAAUUCAUCUGGAUUGUCUGAUAUUUAAAUGGGAUUUGUUAUAGAUUAAAAACGUAAAAAGGAAACAUCUAAUAAGGACGAAGUGAGAUGUGACAGCGGCAGCGAAAACGAUGCGGUGCUUCUGAUGUUUGUGCUCCCCCUCGCGCUACUCACCCCAAAGUUACUAUGGAGUCGCAGCCCCAGUCAGGAUGUUAUAGUCUGUCACUCACACUUCUAAUAUUGGCGUCGGUGUUGGGCACAGUUCGCGCCAAUCAAGAUGGUCCCUUGCUGGAGAAACCCUCGACAGCCAAACCAACGUCGGAGCAGGACGAGUCGCUGCUCCUCAACUCCGACCUCCCGAUAUUCCUGGCCGAGCCCCAAAACGCGUUCGUGGUCCGCAACAGGCCGGCAUCUCUGCACUGCCGAGCCGCCCACUCAUUGCACGUGUUUUUCAAAUGCAACGGCGUAAAGAACAUUGAAACCCAACAAUUCGAUUUCGUCGAUCCGCAAACGGGCGUCAGGAUUAUCGAGGCGGAGGCGAACGUCACCCGGGACAUGGUCGAGGAGUUCUUCGCCCAGGAGAAGUUCAAAUGCGAGUGCUACGCGUGGAACGGACGCGGCGAAAUCAAGAGCCAGCCUGCCAGCGUCGAAGUUGCAUAUUUGAAGAAGCAAUUCGAAGUGCUGCCGGAAACCAACGCGCGGGUCGAGCUGGGCCAUCAGAUGGAACUGAAAUGCAUGCCACCCGUGGGGAUGCCACCCCCGCGCGUCUACUGGCUGAGGAACGACCAGGUGCUGCAGUCAGACACGGCCAUACUUGUCACCAGCGAGGGACAUUUGCUAAUUGGCGAAGCCAAAACCCAGGACACUGGCAAUUACACGUGUGUGGCCGAAAAUAUCGCCGCCAAACGGAUCGCCACCCCAUCCCAGAUCACCGUCUACGUGAAUGGAGGGUGGUCACAAUGGUCUCCGUGGAUGGAGUGUCGUUGCCCCGGUUCUCUCCCUUCGACCGGAAAGAUGAGCACGAGAACUUGUACGAACCCCCCUCCGAGCAACGGAGGCAAGAAUUGCGUGGGACAGUCCGUCCGAAGGACCAAGGACUGCAUUCCCUGUCCCCAAGUGGAGCCGGCUAGGUGGUCGGCCUGGUCCGAAUGGUCGGACUGCAGUCCGGAUUGUAAGAAAACAAGGACCAGACAGUGUCUUCCCGGGAACGGGGGCAGGAAGACUUGUAACGGAAAGGACUCGCAGAGCAGCUUCUGCUCACCGGAGCAAUGCAGGUCGAUGGAUCUCACCCGUGUUACCGAAGAGAACAGCCAACGCACCCAGAACGACAUACUCUUGUACAUGAGUAUAUCCGUCGCCCUGUUUUUGGUCUGCAUCCUGUCGUUUUUCGUCGUCAGGAUCUACAGAAAGAAAGGACAGCACCAAAGUUUGUACAACAUGGCGUCGAACGAGUACCACCCGGAGUUUUUUCCUGAGCACGAUAAGAAGUCGUUAAGUCUACAACCUGAUUUGACCCAAACAGUUCCUCCAUGCUACGAAUAUCCUUAUACAACCCCAGCAACUUCUGUGACUAGAUCCGUGUCGGAGCACCACUACGAUGUACCCCAUUUGGCUUCAGGAAGUGACAUCCAGAUGUCCCCAGCAACUAGCUCCACCUUGGAGUCUUCGAGUGGCAAAAGAAGCCAACUUAGUGGCUUCACCAACAACUCUGACUCUACCUAUGAAGUGGCGACCGAAUCAGUGACUCUACCCUUGCCAGCUGCGUACGCAGUGACACCUACAACCAGUGGCAACUACUCAAGUUCCACGGUUACCCACAGUGGCGCUUUUCUGAACCUGGCCGAGUCCGGCGUUAGCCUUUUGAUACCCGAAGGAGCAGUCUCCAGAUCUAGGAAGCAGGAACUGUUCUUGUCCAUCCUCAACGAAGAUUGUUUCCGGCCCAAACUAGCCGAAAAUAUAACCCAAUUAAGCCCUGUAGUUUCAUGCGGACCUAAUGUUUCUCUCAACAAAGCCGUUGUUUUGAAGAUACCCCAUUGUGCUGAGCUCACCCGAAACAACUGGUCCAUUUCGGUCCUCCAGAGUGACUGCAGUGACUCCCAGUGGCAGAACGCCGUGACUCUAGGACAGGAAACUAUAAACACCAACGUAUUUUGCCAACUAGACAAGGAUGCUUCGUAUUUAGUCACUGAAUGUCUAUCUAGGUUUGUUAUAGUUGGUAGGUCCACCAAUGGGAACGCCAUUAAACGUCUGAAAUUGGCCGUGUUUGCCCCCAAGUUGUGUUUCCAGUCUUCCUCCGAGUACAGCAUCAGAGUAUACAUACUGGAAGACACUGAUAGCUCCAUGGAGACUGUUUACGGCCAGGAAAAGCGCCUGGGAGGCUACUUAUUGGACGAACCCCGUUCCAUAACCUUCCAAGACGGCGGAAGCAACCUGUGCAUGAACAUAGAGUGUCUCAGCGAAGGCUGGAAGAUCAAAAACUUAUCCGAGUACCAAGAAAUCCCCUUCAGACAGAUAUGGCAGGCCAACAGCAACAGCCUGCACUGCUCCUACACUUUAGAAUCGUUGGACGUAAACAGGGAUCUCAGCUUCAAAAUCCGCAUCAAUCAAAAAGGCUUCGACUACCACCAGGUGUUCGACAUCACCUGCAAGGACGAUGGCGAGACCAUCAGCAACAAAACUAGCUCGGUGAAGCUGCACCACAACGAACUAGUGCCAAAAAUAACGAUACAAAGUGAGACCAGCAAAUCGAGUGACUCUAAGAAAUCGGUCGAGUUCUCCCAUUCCCCCAAGAGUGCCAAAAGUUUCAAAGUAGCCAACGCGGACGAGAUCUCCUCGAAGCUAGCCAAAAACUUAAUUCUGACAGAUAGAGGUGUGUCGACCUGUGAUGAUUUCAAUUUUAGGUUAAGUAAACAAUUAAGGAAACAGUUGUGUCAAUGUCUGGAUCCCCCGACGCAGAGGGGCAACGACUGGCGCAUGCUUGCACAUGCUUUAAAUGUGGAUAGGUAUAUUAAUUUCUUCGCAACGAAACCUUCUCCGACGGACUGCAUAUUGGACCUGUGGGAGGCCAGAAAUCGGGAGAGCAACGCUUUGACUGAGAUAAGACAAAUUUUCAACGAUAUGGAACGUUACGAUGCUGUCACCGUUUUAGACAAUUGUUUGGGGCCUAAUUGGUUGUAAUUUGUUUUUGUGUACAUAUAGUUAUUUGAAAGACUUGAUUGAAUGAAAUUUUAAUGUUAAGGAAGACACCACUGCUUUAUUUAAAGAUUGCUUUUGACAUAAAACGAAUUUAUAUUUAUGUAAAAUAUAAAAGUUAUUUUAUUAUAAGUUGUUAUAUAUUGUAUAUUAUUAUAUUGUCUUUUGUUAGACAAAAAAUACAAGGACCACGAUCCGGAACGUAAAUUUGUGCAAUUGUGAAAAUUAAAUUAUAGAGUUUCGAAUUUAUAUUUUACGAAUAUUUUCAAUUUAAACCACAAGGUUUUAUUUAAGUCUUACUGUAUUAUCCUCAUAUUUUUGUAAAACGACUUAAUGAAUGUGUAUUUAAAUUUUAGUUGGAAAUAUUCGUUCACUUGUUAUAUAGGGCACCAGAUAAUCGAAUCGGAAAAAAAACAUACAAUUAAAAAAGUAUCUUUAGAUUAUAAUACUGUAAAACAUAUAAUGAAGAAAAACGAAUAUAUAAUGUAGAGUUUUAUACAGAAAAUCAAAAGUAGUUUUCUAGAUAUUUUAGAAUGUUUUGUACAAAGUAAUUAAUAUUCAUGUAAACUAGAUACAGUUCUGCGUUGAUAAUGUACUAUGUAUUUUAGAUUAUAUAUAAUGAUGUAUAUAGUCAAUAUAUUGACAUUUUUUU